AUCGGCGUCUUCACCCAGUUGCCUUUUCUUACACCUUCCACGCUUCCACACACAACUCCACUAGCGCAUGGAUAUCCUGGAUAUCCCGAAUGUCCCUCAAGCAGAUUGACCUCACUACUGCGCUGAGGCCAUCUCUACUUCCAGACGAAGUCCUCCUAUUUGUCCAGGACAGUGUUGGGCUCUAUGAGGGGAAGUAUAAAAUACCAAACCACCAGGAUGGGCAUGUCUACUUGACGUCCCAUCGGAUCUACUAUGUGGACAAUGAAGAACCGCGAAAGAACUCCGUAGGAAUCGACUUGAAGGAGGUUGAGCGAUUUGAAUUCUAUGCAGGCUUUCUAAAAUCUUCGCCGAAGAUUACCCUCGUUCCUAAACCUUCCAAGAGAUUAUCCACCCAGAACAGGGUCACCGCGCUGAACUCGCCCUCUCGAAGCGCUACAUCCUCACCAACAACCCGUACAGACAGCCCCUUUCACCUACCACCUGCUGAGCCAACUGCAGCAAGCAAUGCCACUUGGAUUUGCCCUAUAUGCACAUUUUCGAACCCUGUACCGUCAAACUUCGAUCCUUCUACGGCCACAAUACACACACCGCUGCCGCCAUGCUUAGCCUGUGGCAUAAAGCCACCUUUGGCUCAUGUGCUCAAAGCCGCCAUAGUCAGUGCAGCGAAUCGCCCAGCGGCUCCUACGAAUAUUUUGCGUACUCCAGUACCAAUACGAAGUCGAGAUGAGGGUGCACGACCACUUUCAGAGGCACGUCUCCCAGAACAGGGGCGUCUCCCCCAGGGAUCGGUUGAAAGUAGCAGUGACGCGGCUUCAUUUCAGUGUCCCAGGUGUACAUUCCUCAAUCACCCGUCAUUGCUCUCCUGUGAACUCUGUGGUGCUCCUCUGAUAUCUAACGAAGCCCCAAAAGGCUUCAAGCAGCCGCAGGAGUUCCGACCCGAAUCACCAGGCCCGACCCUUCAAGGCUUUAGUGCGUCCGCGGUCAGGACACCAGAAAAUCUUAAAAUCUCUUUCCGAGCUGGAGGAGAGAAGAUAUUCCACGAGCGUCUAAAAGGGGCAAUGAUUCAACGGAAGUGGCUUCUACAUGGUGCACCGCCAGUGCCAAAGCCGAGCCCGUCGGGGGAACCCUUACCAACUGAUAGAAUAAAAACUGUCGGCAUUGCUGGGCUCGAACAGCGGCGUUUAGAUAUGCGCAGAAACAACGAAGUGGUUAUCGGCAACGCUUUUGAGGACCUCGAAGCCCUUAUGGCGUCGGCAAAGGAGAUAGUCGCCCUCGCCGAAACGUUCGCCCGUCAGACCAACAGCGGCAGCGAAACCGGCUCUGAGGAGAGCACACUUCUCGCCCAGUCCGCCACCGCUCUCGGCCUUGUGACUACAAAAGACAUGCUCGGCGGCGGCAGCAGCUCUGAGACUCUCUAUCUAAGCGAGCUGUCGCGCAACCUUGCAGAGUUCCUCACUGACGACGCCACUGGCGUUCUCCGCAAAACAGGCGGUAUCAUCAGCCUCGUCGAUCUGUGGGCGCUGUUCAACCGCGCACGAAAUGGCAUCGAGCUAGUCUCACCCCGUGACCUUGAGCGGGCUGCUCGACUCUGGGAGUCGCUGAAGCUGCCUGUGCGACUUCGCGAGUUCAAGAGCGGGGUGCUUGUCGUACAAGGCACGGAUAGGACAGAUGAGAAGACUGUAAGGGCGAUUCUUGCCUGGAUGCUUGAACAGCACACUGUGCCACCCGAGAAGGAUGUUGCAUGGGACUGGCGCACGUUUGGAGUCGGUAUCUCGGCACGGGACGUCGCAGCACAGUUUGGGUGGAGCAUUGGCGUGGCGGUGGAAGAGCUAGAGAUGGCGGAGGAGAGAGGAGCGCUAUGCAGGGCUGAGAGCAUAGAGGGAGUCACGUUCUGGGAAAAUAAGCUUGUAGAUGAUGAUAUUCCUGAUGGACUGGCACGGAGCAGCGGGGUCGCCGUGUGAGACCAUGAGGGAUAUUCGCAUUGGGUGGUAUGAAUAUUCACUCAGGAAUGGAUCUCCAUAUAACUCAUGUUUCGCGGUCCUUACAUAAAUAUUGCAAAAUGUAAUCGAGGUUCACCGCACCUUGGCUAUCAAACAGACCGAAUCCAGCCCCUUGCUUCGUUCCUGCCCGAGUUGUCAUCACAAUGUUUCCUCCCAAUCACAAAAGGCAUGUUAUCACAUAUGACAUAUCAUUCGUUCCACCCGGUCCGAAACCAUAAUCUCACAGGAAACAAAUAGCCUACGCGUAUAUAGUGGGGUAGCUUCCCGAUCAACAUAUCAGUUGUCACAAUGGGUAGUACAUGUAUCACAAUGGCUUAGUUCGGUGUGCCAAAAUGAUGUGUCGGCGUAUAUGGGGGCCGAAACAUCUACAUAUCCUCACCUACCACUGGUCCAACCAGCACAAGUGAAUCUAUAGCCCCUUGCAUCUGAGGUGCAGCUACAUCAACCAGCACCGAUAUGCAUACACAAAGUCAGGUUCGAAUGCUGAUAAAGUCUCGAAGGUAAUUAGGCAGUAAAAAUACAUUUUCUUAUAUAGUCUCAUGCCUCCCGGCUGUUACCAAUGUAAUCUAUAUGCAC